CCAUCAAAAGUCAACAAAAUUCUCCUCUUUCUUCCAUCUUACUUUUUCUUUCACCAAGGUAAUCUUCACAAUGUUACAAUUAAACAAUGAAACAGGUUUAUCACUUUCCAUCUCUUUUUGAAUUCCUUACAACCUCCAUCCAAAGAGGAUCUCAUCUGGUUGAUCGCUCACCCAGUUUAUCAAAUCUUGAUCCCAUGCCAUGGCAUGGAGUUUUUCUCUUUUAAAGAUGUGAGGGUCAGAUUAUUCCAGUUUCUACAGCUAUUGAGGAGAAAUUGUUAGAUUAGACAAUUAAUAGAAGAAUGGGCACAAAGAUGAAGGGCCUUUUGAAAGGCCUAAGAUACAUUACCCAAAUUUUCGAUGAGGAAAAAGAACCGGAAAUGCAGAUUGGCAAUCCAACCGACGUGAAACACGUGGCUCAUAUAGGAUGGGAUGGACAAUCAUCUGCAGAUUCACCAAGCUGGAUGGAGGAUUUCAAAGCACCCCAAGGGUCUGAAUCAGUACCAUUACCUGUUAAUGGGGACUCUAAGGAGAAUCCAGAAAACAAAGGGGCUUCUUCUGAAGGUUCAAGCCGAAGGAGUUCAAGAUCACAAAAUCCUUCCACCAAGGACAUACCUGAGUUGCCAAAAUCAACGAGACGCCAUUCGUUGGAAGACGGCUCUUCAACAGCACCAGCGUCCCCAAGACGAGAGUCUUCCACCAGAUCAAGGCAAUCCAGGAGAAACACAUCCGACGGGUCUAAACCGGCGCGUCAGCCCAAGGGUUUAGUUAUUGGGUCGGACUCACCCUCGCGAGACCUUCCCGACGUACCAAAGAAAUCAUCGCGAAAGAAGGCAAAGGAUCCGACGGGUGAAGGAUCAACAAGAUCAUCGCGGUCAAAAGCCCAUAAUAUCCCUCCUGUGGCCUAUAAAUCUCCAUUCUCGGAUCCUGGACCAAAUACCGAAUACAUACCUGGAUCAAAUAACGGCGAGCUCGCUCACUCUUCAAGUUUCAGGCCUCUUGUAAGAGAGGGAGAGAAAGGAUGUAAUGGGAUUUCUUGAAGAAUUGGUACAUAUGUGUUGUAGAUAGAGAACAGACUCGCUUAGCCAUUAAUUUUCUUGGAAUACUAUUGUGCAAUCCCAUGGAAACCCACUGCUUAUUGCAUCUCAAAGGGGAUUGCAGAGUCCUUGAUGAAUGGUAAGUUCUUUUUGGAUGACUCAAAAUUUUGCAUUUCCUGUACAAAUUCUGUAAUAAGAACUUAAGUGCAAUGAAUAAUAUAAGGAA